AUGAAUCGUAAGGCCUACGUCACACAGCAAGUCCCCGAAGUGCACGGCCAGCGUUGGGCAUUCCUGCAAGUGAACAUGGCAGCUAUGCUCGACCAGCUGAUUUUCGAGGAUAUUGGGCAUCGGUCGAUCUUUGAAUUUCCUCAAAGUGCCUCGGGAGGCGACGAAUCUCUGGAGAUGACCUUGCCUUAUGACCAAUGUGGUCUACACCUGGGCUAUCUUGAUGACAUGAUCCAGUCUUGGAUCACCUUUGAGAUCAAGAACCUUACCAAGACGUGGGCAGGAGAUGGCAAAGCCCGUGGUCAUUUCAAUACCGGAGCCUACGUUUGUGGCCUCUACAAGUUCCGACAGGUUUCCUGGGUCAAUUCCAAUGCCGUCCGCACAGGGGACGCCUUCAUGGUGAAAUUCGAGUUUUUUCCCGGGGAGGCUAAGUGA